ACUUGUGGAGUUUCCUCCCAACCCUGACCUUGUGACCUGUUGAUUUCAUGAAUGAAUCGCUGGCGACUACGGCCCACCGCCAUUCAUGCGCCGGCGCCGGGGAAGAGCUUUUGGUUGGCGCCUUCCAAAAAGUCGGCCGCAAGGAAAGUGAUUUAAAAGGCUGCCGCCGUCAUUGUCUCGACUUAGUUGCGCGCUCAUUGUCCUGCUGACAGGACGAACCGGCCAAAAGGAAGCUCGGCUCGAAACUCGGUCAGGUUCAAAAACCGGCGGCAUCAUACAAGAAACCAUAAACGGAUUGGUUUUUAAUUUCCUUCAAAUAGCACCUACUUCAUUGAGUAAACAAUUUCACCUUCGGGUUGUCCAUUUAAUCGAUGAAAUACUGUGGCCCGCCGAUCAAAACAUAAUCAAAAGUGUAUUUUCGAAUUCACACAAAAAAUUGAAUUCCGAUAUAAAAAUAAAAACUACGUAGACAGACCUCGUCGAUCCAAUAGGCAAACAAGUAUCGGAAUUUUUGUGGAAGAAGGCACCCCGAGAAGUUUUUCCGGCAAGAAAACUGAAAAACUUUUAUGUGUGGAAAAAGUUUAUAAAUACAGUCGGUACCUGGCACCUCGUCUUUGUUUACAUCAUUAGGAAUUGUGGGCAAAAAAAUUGGUGCGCCAAUAAUGAACUUAAAAACACUUAGAUGAGCCGCAAUCGAAAGUUUUUCAUAAUAUUUCGCCAAAGAAGAAAAAGUUUCGCCGCAGAAGUUUAAAAAUACAACAAAAUCUUAAUUAAGUUUUAUUCAAGCGGAAAUCGAAAUUCACGUGAAAGACUUCGCCAUCGAAACCAAUCGAAAGUUUCGAAUUGUUGAACUGACAAGUAGUUGGAAAUGAUAAUGAAAAGCAAAUAGUUAUUCGCCCAAACUAAUUGGCCAAAUAGUUGCCGGCCAUUGUCAUUUAAAUUGGCAAACAUUGGUGCGCGAAAAUUGCAAUUAAAAAGAAUUAAUUAAAGCAUUAAAGCAGUGCUUUUAUAUGGAGUGUAACGUUAAAUAAAUAAACAAGAUGACACCAGCCACCACCGAUAUGGAUCCGGAUUACAUAUCCAACAUAUCAGCAGCAACAGCCACUCCAACGCUCGGAGAUGGAAAUUCCACGGACAGCAACUGGACCUCCUCCUCGAGUGAUUAUGUCACCGAAAUGGAUUCGGAGGACUCGGCGAGCGGCGAGGAUGAGGAGAUGCUGCGCAUCGCCUUUUUCAUCGGGGACGUUGUCCAUCAGUACUAUAUUCCCAUUCUGUGCUGCACCGGCAGCAUCGGCAACAUCCUCUCCGUGUUUGUCUUCUUCAAGACAAAGUUGCGAAAACUUUCGUCCAGCUUCUACUUGGCCGCCCUGGCCGUGAGCGACACCUGCUUCCUGGCCGGACUCUUCGCCCAGUGGCUGAACUUCCUCAACGUGGACAUCUAUAACAGGAACUACUUCUGCCAGUUCUUCACCUUCUUCAGCUACCUGGCCAGCUUCUGCUCGGUGUGGUUCGUGGUGGCCUUCACCGUGGAGCGGUUCAUAGCCGUCAUCUAUCCGCUGAAGCGUCAGACCAUGUGUACGGUCCGCCGGGCCAAGAUCGUCCUCUCCGGGCUGACCCUGGUCGGGUGUCUGCACUGCAUGCCCUACAUAGUGAUCGCCAAGCCGGUCUACAUGCCGAAAUUGAACACCACCAUUUGCGAUCUUAAUUCCGAGUUCAAGGAACAACUGGCCCUGUUCAACUACUGGGACUCGAUUGUCGUCUACGCGGUGCCCUUCACCACCAUAGCCGUGCUGAACACCUGUACAGGCUGCACUGUUUGGAAGUUCGCCACCGUUCGCCGGACCCUGACCAUGCACAAGAUGAAGCCGCAAACGACCAGCAUGCCAUCGAAUUCGUCAAACUCGUCUAGCGGACCAGCUGCUGUGACAUCGUACCGGAUCUCUGCAUCGUUAAAGCGCCAGAAGUCAACGGGAACGCAUCCGAGUGGACAGCACCAUGUGUCCUGCCGACAGCAGGACGAUCAGGAACAACCACAGCAGCAGCAGCAUCAUAUAAACAAUUGUCAACACCAUUGCGAGAUUACACAGAAGCCAGGUCGGCGCAAAGUUCAGAACUCGUCGCAGCUGAAGGUAACUAAGAUGUUGCUAAUUGUCUCAACGGUUUUUGUCUGCCUCAAUUUACCGAGCUGCCUGCUCCGCAUCGAGGCCUACUGGGAGACGGACGCCGCUAAGAAUGAGAACUCUACAAUUGCCCUGCAAUAUAUUUUUCACGCUUUCUUCAUCACAAAUUUUGGAAUCAAUUUCGUGCUUUACUGCGUCAGCGGACAGAAUUUCCGAAAGGCCGUGCUGAGCAUUUUCCGUCGGGUAUCCUCCGCCCAGAGGGAGGCUGGCAAUACCCAAGUGACAGUGUCGGAGUAUUGCCGGAACACUGGGACCUCCACCAGGCGUAGGAUGAUGACCCAACAUUGUUGGAACGAAAUGCACGAACUGCAUCCACUCAAGUGAAGGAGAACGAAACAAGAACUCGACAGAAAAAAAUAUAUAUGCAGUGUUUGGUAUUCCCAGGGGGUAAUAGAUGUUGCGAAAAUGGAGAAACGCGUUUGCAUUCAACAGCCGGGCCCCGGAUAAGCAGGAAUUUCAAUUUUAAUUAGAUUUCAGCAUACAUAAAAUAAGAGGAGCAGAAACUGAAUAAGCUGGAGCGCCAGAUAUACACAAAAAUAAAAAUUAGUUUUCAGGAUAAUUGAAAUGUGUUUGUGAUGUUUGUCAAGGCCAAGCAAAAUUAAAUAUUUGAAUUCAGACCCAAAUGGAAAACAGAAUCAAAACUAAGGAUGAAAUGCGUACAAUGCGCAUUAAAUUCAAUUAAGUGUUUUAAAAUAUCCGCGUAGUCAUUAAAUGAAAAAAAUUUUCGGUUCUGCUUUCUAUACAAACUUUCUAAACAUAAUCCAAUUGAAAUCCAGACUAAUUUGCACACAAAUCCUAAUUGAAACACUAACCACAAAGAUACAAUUACGAGACGUCAAACGUAAAACCAAACAGUUAAAAAAAAUAUAUAUUAAACGAAAAAUAAAUAUUCCAGCUUAACCAACCAUCAAGCAAAUGUAUAAAUGUAAUAAAUGUUAAUUUCGUUAAUUGAAUGUCGGCAGUCGGAGAGUGAUUUUUAAUUGGAUUUUCUGAUUUUCAGAUUUUUUGGGGCAGCGGGCAGACCACUGGUAUUUAAAUUACUUUCCAAUUGACUUAACCUGAUUAUAUAAUUUGGUUAGGUUACAUCAACGCUGUAUGGCUUAAUAGAGAUUUUCAUUUCGCAUUUCGGACAUUUUACGGCCAAUUGAAUUUCCCAAAUAGGAGCUGAUGCCCCGGCUUAGCCCUCUCCGAGACCCAUUCCACAGCGAACCCCAAGUCACCGGAUUAUUAUUAUCUUUUCCAGCUUUCCGGAGCCGGAGCAAAGGUCCAGGUUUCCAUUGCACCAGAGGCAAAAAG